AUGAGGGGAGGAGGCUCGUGCCUGCUUUCGGUCCUGUUCGAGACGUCGGUCGGCGACAUCAUCGUCGACCUCGAGACGGAGCAGUGUCCGAUCCUGUCGCUCAACUUCCUCAAGCUGUGCAAGGCCUUCAAGUUCAACUUCUGCGCCUUCCACAACGUCAUCCAGGACUUUGUCGCCCAGACGGGCGACCCGACCGACACGGGCAACGGCGGCUCGUCCAUCUUCCACCUCUUGCCGCGCUCGUCGCCCGCCUACCAGUCGACGCCCUACUUUGUCCCCGACGUGUCGCCAAAGCUCAAGCACACGGCUUUCGGCACCCUGAGCAUGGCCAUCGCCGGCGAGGGCGACAAGCGCGGCUGCGGCAGUCAGUUCUUCUUCACGCUCAAGGACGGCCUCGACUACCUCGACGGCAAGCACGCCCCGUUCGGCCGCGUCAUCGAGGGCGAGGACACGCUCGCCAAGAUCAACGAGGCCCUGUGCGACCAGGAGGGCCGCCCCUUGCGCGACAUCCGGAUCCGCCAUGUCAUCGUCCUCGACGACCCCUUUGACGACCCCGAGGGUCUCGAGGUGCCGCCCAACUCGCCCGUCCCGACGGCCAAGCAGCUCGCGUCCCUGCGCGUUGGCGACGAGGAAGAGCUCGAGGAGCAAGGCGACCCCGAGGAGCUCGAGGCCAAGCGGCGCGAGCGCGAUGCGCGCGCUCAAGCCCUAACGCUCGAGAUGGUCGGCGACCUGCCCUUUGCCGACGUCGCGCCGCCAGAGAACGUCCUGUUCGUGUGCAAGCUCAACGCCGUCACGACGUCCGAGGACCUCGAGCUCAUCUUUAGCCGGUUCGGCAAGAUCCUGAGCUGCGAGAUUGUGCGCGACCAGAAGACGGGCGACUCGCUCCAGUACGCCUUUAUCGAGUUCCAGGAGCGCGAGGACGCCGAGCGCGCCUACCUCAAGAUGGACAACGUCCUCGUCGACGACCGGCGCAUCCACGUCGACUUCUCGCAGUCCGUCGACAAGCUGCACAACUCGUGGGUGUUUCAGCGUACCGGCGGCCGCGCGCCGCCCAACCGCUCGAACCGCCCCAACCCGUCCUCGUCUCGCCCGUACCCUCCCUCGUCAUCGCGCGAUUCGCGCGACUCGCGCAGCUACGGCGCCGGCAGCGGUUCGGGCGGUCGAGGAGGAGGCGGGAGCAAGGACUACGGCUCGUCGCGGUACUCCCACCAGGUGCGAGGCGGACACGGCGAGAUGGUGUUCGACCUCACCGACGUCGACUCGAGGGCGCGGGAUCAGCGCGACCGGCGCGGCGAUGGGUCUGGAGGAGGCUCGAGGCGGGACGACGAGCGGUACCGAGCGGACGACGGCGGACGGGACAGGCGACGAGGGGACGAGCGAGGUGGGUACGAGCGAGGUGGGUACGAGCGAGAUGGCGACGACCGGCGAGGGUACGAGCGCGGCGGGAGCGGCGGCGGAUUGAGGAGGGACGAGCCGAGGCGGCCGAGGAGCCGCAGCCCGCACCGGGCACAGAGGAGCAACAGGUAGCGACGAGUCCUGCAACCUGGCUGGCACCCUGUC